AAUUUAAUUUAUACCCAAAAAGGCCCACUUUAAAAAGAUUAAAUUUUAUUUUUGUUUUUUAUUUUUGGGGGGUGGGUGGUAAAUAAGGAUUACCGUUAAAGCUGGCACUAAAUGAGGAGCUGGAAGAUAUUUGUUGAUUUUAAGAAAUUUAUUGGGAUUUUUAUGAUAUUCUUUUACUUUAUUUGUUCAAAGUGUUCUGACAGUUGUUUAGGACCCAUUUUUGGUUUAAUGCUAUUUUUAGCUUGGGUUUAAAUUUGGUAAUUAUUAAAAAUUUGAUAUUUUUACUUCUUUUCUUUCAUAUGUUGAUAGAAGAUACUCAUAAUAUUUAGGACCCAUUUUUAGUUCAAUGUAAUUGUUAACAAUAUAUUUAUUUAUAUUUGUUUGGUUGUCUUUAUUGUAUGUGCAGAUCUAUGAAUGUGAAAGCUUCAAUCGUUUUCAUAUAUUUUUUUCUUCAUAGAAUUAGGUUUAGAAGUCUUCUUUCUUUUCUAAGCUCCAAAUUCUUCUUUCCUUUCUUGUUUUUAUUUUUUAUUUUUUAUUUUCUUCACAUUUUAAAAAUCCCAUUUUUAUGUUCCUUUUCUGAGCUCAUAUAUUGUAAUUCUAGCUAAAAUUUGAGGUGGGGUUUUGUUGUUUUUGAAAAAUCUGCAUUUUGUUUGUAAAGUAAUUAGAAGAAAAAAAAAUGGUUUGCUUUUCUUGCAUGAGCUUUAAUCGAGAAGAUGUAAGAGAUUUUGAUGAAGACAUGCCUUCAAGAUCCAUUAAAUCUUCAGGUAAAGGUAGAAAAGGACAUUCGUUAGGAGGGAAAGGCGGGGAAAGCAACAAUCAAAAUGUCGCACGCAAGUUCACUUUCAAAGAACUUGCCUUAGCAACCCAGAAUUUCAAGGAAGCUAAUCGUCUUGGCGAAGGCGGUUUUGGAAGUGUAUACAAGGGCCUCCUAGAAUCAAACCUGGUUGUUGCAAUCAAACAACUUAAUCUCGACGGCAUUCAAGGAAACCAGGAGUUCAUUGUGGAGGUCCUCAUGUUGAGUUUACUACAUCACAAAAAUCUUGUCAACUUGAUCGGAUACUGCACUGAUGGAGACCAAAGGCUCUUGGUUUAUGAGUUCAUGCCAAUGGGUAGUCUGGAGAAUCAUCUUUUUGAUUUGGAACCAGGAAUGAAGCCACUGAGUUGGAGCACAAGACUUAAAAUUGCUGCUGGUGCAGCUCAUGGACUUGAGUAUCUUCACUGCAAAGCAAAUCCGCCUGUCAUUUACCGUGAUUUGAAAUCUUCAAACAUAUUGUUGGACAAUGAUUUCAACCCAAAACUGUCAGAUUUUGGACUUGCAAAGUUGGGACCUGUUGGCGAAAACACCCAUGUUUCAACACGAGUGAUGGGAACCUAUGGAUACUGUGCCCCUGAGUAUGCUAUGAGUGGAAAAUUGACUCUGAAAUCUGAUAUCUAUAGUUUUGGUGUUGUCCUGUUGGAGCUAAUAACUGGGCGAAAGGCUUAUGAUACCUCUAAAAUGCCAGGAGAACAGAACCUUGUUGUUUGGUCUCUUCCCUUCCUAAAGGACCGAAAUAAGUUUGCUCAAAUGGUUGAUCCUUUGUUGAAUGGUCAGCUCUCUGUUCGCUCUUUGCGGCAGGCAAUUGCAAUCACUGCAAUGUGUAUUCAGGAACAUGCCAAAGUUCGCCCGAACAUCAGUGAUAUUGUUGUCGCACUUGACUAUCUUGUCUCACAAGCUGAAAUGUCUGAUUCGCAAGGAGGUGGUUCACAUACUGGAAAUCAAACAAAUCAACACAAGGAGAAUUAAACGUCAGUUCAAGAAAGCGAACUUUUGGAAGUAAAUCUGCUCCGUGUUAAAGUUAAGAAAAUACUCUUGGCUUUUGGGGAGUAUGAGGCAAGAAGAAAUUUCACAUCCAACGCGCUUCUGCUGAUAUGAUGAGUUAGUAAAGAAGAUGCACAGAAUGUUAACUAAAUGUUAUAGUUAGGAUUUUGUUCCAAGUGAAAGUUAGUUAAAUAUAUUUCUGACCAUUUCAGUGUGUUGGAUUCGAUAAAGGUAGGUUGAUGCAGAUAUAUUUGAUGCUGAUAUAUUUUUAGAAACAUUCUUUUACGCUUCUCUGGUCUACAUCUUUUCUUUUUCACCUGUUUGGUUGGUGUGUAGCUUGAGGAAGUUUUCAUUUCUUCUAA